AAAUUCCUCCGGAGCCCUAUAUAUCUAGGCCCAUCAGUACUAGUCCCAUGCAUGCAUGCUCAAGUCAGCUAAUAAGCUAGCUAAAGCUACUACAUCUCGGCUGCAAUAAUCCAUCCAUCAGAUCGACCGACGAAAAUGCUUGCGUCGUCGCCGUCGAGCGUGAAGAUGGCGUCGGACGGGGUGUGGCAGGGCGAGAACCCUCUCGACUUCGCGCUGCCGCUCCUCGCCGUGCAGAUCGCCGUCAUACUCGCCGUGACGCAGGGCCUUGCCCUCGCGCUCAGGCCACUGCGCCAACCUCAAGUUGUCGCCGAGAUUCUGGGCGGCAUCUUGCUGGGGCCAUCGGCGCUGGGUCGAUGGGGCGCCUUCCGCCGCGUCGUCUUCCCGCCAUGGAGCACCGCGGCGCUCGACACCGUGUCCGGCCUCGGCCUGCUGCUCUUCCUGCUCCUCGUCGGCCUCGAGCUCGACUUCCGCGCCGUGCGCCGCGCGGGCCCGCGCAGCGUGGCCGUCGCCGCGGCGGGCAUCGUGCCGCCGUUCCUCGCCGCGCCGGGCCUCGUGCCGCUGCUGAAACUCGCCCUCCCGCCGGCUCCUCACCAUGCGGCGGGCUUCCUCCCGCUCUGCGUGUUCGUCGGCGCCGCGCUCUCGGUGACGGCGCUGCCCGUGCUCGCGUGCAUCCUCAAGGAGCUCGGCCUCCUCAGCACGCCGUUCGGCGAGACGGCCAUGGCCGCGGCCGCGGUCAACGACGUCUUCGCGUGGGCGCUCCUCGCCCUCGCGCUCGCCGUCUCCGGCGGCAACAGCGGCGGGCCCAAGGGCACCCCGCUCGCCCCGGUCUACAUCCUCGCGUCGGGUGCCGCCUUCGUGGCGCUCAUGCUGUGCGCGGUCCGCCCGCUCAUGGCGCGCCUGGCGCGCCGCGCGGGCAACGACUACGAGCGCGCCGCCGCGCUGCUGGCCUCCUCCUCCUCCCCCGGAGCCGUCGUGGCCUCCGCCCUCCUCGCCGGCGCGGUGACCGACGCCAUCGGCGUGCACCCGGUGUUCGGCGCCUUCGUCUUCGGGCUGUCCGUGCCCCGGGAGGGCGGCCUCGCGGAGCGCGCGCGGGAGAAGGUGGCGCCGCUGGUGUCCGGGCUCAUGCUGCCGCUCUACUUCGCCACCAGCGGGCUGCACACCGACGUGGACGCCGUCCGUGGCGCGGCCGCGUGGGGCAUGGUCGCGCUCGUCGUCGCCGUGGCGUUCCUGGGGAAGUUCGGCGGCACGUUCGCGGUGGCCACCGUGACCGGCAUGGCGAGGCGCGAGGCGGCCGCGCUGGGCGUCGCCAUGAGCGCCAAGGGGCUCGUCGAGCUCAUCGUGCUCAACAUCGGCAAGGAGAGGAAGGUGCUGGACGACACGACGUUCGCCAUCUUCGUGAUCAUGGCGCUUACGACGACGGUGCUGGCGACGCCGUUCAUGACCGCGCUGUACCGCAGCACGCCGACGGCGACAAACCCCGGGACCGACGGGAUGGAGACGGAGCUCAAGGGCGGCGAGGCCUGUCCGGCCUAGUAGCUCUAGCUGACAGGGCCAGGGUGGCUCACAAGGAUUCAUCACCGUUUGUUGUAUAGUACUGGUAUAUUACUAUAUAUGUAGUAUGUACUCCGUAUAGUACUACUAUGCAGUAUGCUACUAUGCUUUGUGUGGCGGCAGGUGAUUGUAACAAUCUGCUUAGUUUGUCGUGUCUCGUGUGGUGUGUGUUUGCAAUAGCCGCAGUUGAUAAUCAUCCGUGCCUACAUCAAUUUUCUCAUUCAGUUAUGUA